AUGGCCUCGCUGUUCCUCAGCAGCAUACUAGACGCGUUCGUGGCGCCUGCCGGGGGCCCGGGCCUUCUGAACAGCGGAUUAGAUUCACCCACGCGAUGUGCACGCGACUCUGGGUGCUUGGGCUUCAGCGAGGAGGGCGGGCCGCUGGACUCGGGGUGCACCUGCAG